AUGAAGAAGCACCAGCUAUUUGCCAAGCAAAGAAAAUGUUUUUUUGGAGUGCCAAGAAUUGAAUAUUUGAGGCAUUUCAUCACUGCUGAUGGAGUAUCAACUGAUCCUCAGAAAAUUACAGCUGUAAGGAAUUGGCCUAAACCUACUACUCUCAAACAGUUGAGGGGAUUUCUAGGUCUGACUGCAACUACUUCUUUAGAACAGUUGAAAGAUGCACUCACACAGGCUCCUGUAUUAGCUUUACCAGAUGCAAACAAAACAUUCAUUGUGGAGACAGAUGCUAGUGGCUAUGGCAUUGGAGCUGUUCUUAUGCAAUAG